UUAUUCUGCAAUCACAGAGUGAGCUACUUGAAUUGGCUGUUGGAAGCAGAAGUCAAUUCAGGGAAGAAGCGAAGCAGAGCAGUGCGCGAUUUUGUAGCGUGAGCAGAACAGAGUGUCCGACUCCAAGACAGUCAGAGAAGAGACGUAAAAUUGGAAUUAUCUCAGAGCAGCAACACCCAUUCAUUGACGCUGGGCUCUUCUCAAAUCCGCGGCGUCUUUUCUAACUGUUCUAUCGUGAGUCUCGUCCGGUUGAGUGGGUUAUUUUGUUCAUUUCAGUCCCUUCGAUUUAAAACAAUCAAAGUAGUUUUCAGUAUUUUCAUUCUUCUAUGCGGGUGUGCAGCAAGUUUACCAAACCUUCAAACCUGCUCCUAAUGGUUCGGAAGUUACCUGGGAUUGAGUGCACCUGCCCUGGUAUAAAGUCAAAUACCAAGUUAGGACCAUUUAUUCAGAGGACGGAGUAGAUUGGACCAUGUGUUUUAUGUUGACCAAUAUGCGCUUUCUUAACUGAUAUCGAAAUGUGGGGAAGUUCUCUGCCAAUGGACACAAGCCGAACACAGCGGGCACGGUAGGCUACGGCAGCGGCUCUUUUUUGCAAGAUGGGCAAAAUCUGACAGAGACAGAGCCCAGCCCUGCUCCUGGAUGGGUGAGGUCCCUGCCAACCCAGUCGGCCACUGAAACCCCCUUCCCCCCACCUCUCGCCUCCCAACCAGGACCCUCUAGGUCCUCCGGAGGAGCAGCAGGGAUGUAUCAGGAGGUGGCCUUCCUAGCGGGCAGCACGGAGAAAGAGUUCACGCCCUUCCACUUCCCCAUUGAGAACCAGCAGGAGGUGGUAACCAAGAAGGGUGUGUUCUUCAAGCGGCAACGGCUGCUGCGGAGGCCCAAUGAUGGGCAGGAGGAGAACGACCUAUCAGCCGUCAUCAACGUGGGCGGGAUCAGGUACCGUAUCCCCUGGUCCGUUCUGGAGGAGUUCCCUCUGACGCGGCUGGGCCGGCUGAGGGGCUGCAGCUCAUUGGAUGAGAUCAUGGAGGUGUGUGACGACUACGACGACGGGUGCCAGGAGUACUUCUUUGACCGCAGCCCAUCUGCGUUCCGCACCAUCGUGACGUUCCUAGCAGCAGGGCGGCUGCGGCUGCUGAGGGAGAUGUGUGCCCUGUCCUUCCAGGAGGAGCUGGUCUACUGGGGCGUGGAGGACACCAGGCUGGAGUGGUGCUGCCUCCGAAAGUUACGCAUCAGGCAGGAGGAGCUCAAGGAGCAGCUGAGGAUGGAGGAGGCAGAGCUCACCACAACCCUGACCCCCCAGAGCUGUGAGGAUGGGCAGGGGCACGCCGGAGAGGGAGGGGGGGAGGAGGAGGAGAGCCGCAUGGCGGGGUGUAUGCGCAGGCUGCACGACAUGGUAGAGAACCCUCAAUCUGGACUACCUGGGAAGAUCUUUGCCUUUUUGUCGGUGGUGUUUGUGGCCAUCACCGCAGUAACGCUCUGCAUCAGUACCAUGCCCGACCUCAGGGAGGAGGAGGAGAGGGGUGAGUGUUCUCAGAGGUGCUACAAUAUCUUUGUCCUGGAGACUGUGUGUGUGGCCUGGUUCUCUCUGGAGUUCCUGCUGCGCUUCAUCCAGACGCCGAGUAAGUGUGUGUUCCUGAAGACGCCCCUCAACAUCAUCGACGUGGUGGCCAUCCUGCCAUACUACAUCACUGUGAUCGUAGACUCUCUGUCUGAGGGAGGGGAGAAGCCCAGCGGCGGGAACAACUACCUGGAGAAGGUGGGCCUGGUGCUGCGGGUACUUCGGGCCCUGAGGAUCUUCUAUGUGAUGCGUCUGGCGCGCCACUCCCUGGGGCUGCAGACCUUAGGCCUGACGGUCCGACGCUGCACCCGCGAGUUCGGCCUGCUCCUCCUGUUCCUGUGUGUUGCCAUGGCACUGUUCUCCCCGCUGGUGUUCCUGGCAGAGAGCGAGAUGGGCGCCAAGUAUGACUUCACCAGCAUCCCCGGCACCUACUGGUGGGCGGUGAUCUCCAUGACAACGGUGGGGUACGGGGACAUGGUGCCGCGGAGCAUCCCGGGUCAGGUGGUGGCGCUCAGCAGCAUCCUCAGUGGGAUCCUCCUCAUGGCGUUCCCCGUCACCUCCAUCUUCCACACGUUCUCUCGGUCCUACCUGGAGCUGAAGGAGGAGCAGAACAGAACGCUGAGACAGAAACCAGACUUCCAUGACUCCAGCAAGUCUCAGAACAGCGAGGACUCGGCCGAGACGGACAGUUAACAUGGCAUCACUGAAGUCGCCACCUCUGCUUUACGCAGGAAGUCCAUUGCCCUUGCGUCACAGAGGAGGGCCAUGCAGACUCAAGACUGAGUGUGUGUGCAACAUGAGAGCCUGGGGGUAUGGAGUGCACUGUGGGAAACUCGUACUAAAGCUGGAGGAUCUAAACAGGGAUGGGCCAUUUUUCUCAAGCUUAAGAAGAAAAGGAGCUCCAACAUUUUGUGAGCCUCCAUAGCUCUGUCCAUCAGAGCGUGUUCAAGAGUUUCUAAGAUUUUACAAGAUAGCUGCAGAAGUCUUUCUGCUGACAUUACUGGUGUAGAGCUGACCACAAUAUAAAAACACAAGUUAUCUGUGGUCAAAGGACACUUCACCCAGGAGUAUAGAAGCCCUACAACACAGGAGUAUAGCCCUACAGCACAGCAUGGGGAGAAAGCUUCUCUCUCACAUAUUCAGUAUGAAAAAGCUAUUAUUUUAAGGGAAAAAACACCUAAAAUAUUAUAAUUUUGGUAUAUAUUUAGGAUAAGAAAUAUUGCAACAAGAUAUAAGUGUAAUAACAAAGAUUUGACUAUAAACACAUUUACAGAUUUCAGAAUGCUUAGUUUGCAUCUAUUUAGACUAAGGAUCUGCAUAUUUUAAUAAAUGUAAGAAAACCAUGACCUCGGCUGAUGCAAUGUAGGAUUCUACACUUUAUUAAAUUAAUUUCAUCCCAUGAUUCUGUCUGGAGGUUUUCCUCCAAUUUCACAUCUCCUCUGAAUAAUAAUGGCCUUGGCUCCAGACAUGUUAUAUUAAAUCUAAUCAGGGGCCCAACUUUGGUUUUCGAAGUGGGGGGGACAUAAUUAUUAUAAUUUUUUAUCCAGUCGGAUAAACACUCCAAAGAGCCUACCCGAUCGCUCAGAGGUGUCUGCAUGGUCAUGAAGCACACCAUUGCCUUGUUUUGUAUCACAUUCAAAUGAUAAUAUAUCGGGGGACAAAAAUGCAAUUUCAGAAUGUGGAGGGGACAUGUCCCCCCUGUCCCCCGUCCCAGUGAAAGUUGCGCCCCUGCAUCUAAUAAGUAUCGAAAGGAUGACGAAUAAUUGUAUGGCUUAGAUCAUGGAAACCCAUGGGAAUCAAUAUGGACUGAACAGACCGACUAAAGAGAUUAGAAACAAAUUAAAACAAUCUUGAUCAGAUCUAGAGAAUCACGUGUUAAUUUAAGGUGUAAUAAGGGCUAUAAAUAGACCUUUUUUGAGGAAGGGCACGGGCAAGGUUAGAACCUGUGACCUUCUGGUCCCUAUCUCAGUGCCUAGUCCACUGUGCUAGUAGGGGUGGGCAUCACCAUUGUUAUUUCCACAUACAUAAAGCUGUUAAAAUCAGUAAUUUGGAAUGUCAGUAGAUGAGAAAUGUGAUAGUUAAAGGGCAGCUGAACUCACUGAUUCCACAUGUUUUUCUGCUGCUCAUUAAAAAAAUAUGAUUUGCGUCUUGGGGGUGUGAUUGGAUGAGGGUGUGUUAUGUUCGCUAUAUCGUACCCACAGUUAUUGUUUUGUCCCUCUUGAGUCCCGGUAGAAACCUUUCGACCUCUGAAUAUGAUAAUUCAAGAAAUCUGUCAUUUGGACGUUUUUGCAGAGGUCUUUGUCACGCAAUUUUACAUCUAGCUAAGGUGUUUGGUGCAUUACUUCAAGUAAAACAAUGUGCAUGAAUACUAGUAGUGCACUGCAGACAGUAUCGAGUCAGCUGCUGCUGCGCUCACUACUGAUUUCUCACUACUGAUGUCUACAACUUCAUCAGCAAGCUGUCAAAAUAUCGUAAAUAAAGCAAAGCUACAUGCUGUUUAUCAGUGCCCUAAAUUACUUCUUAGCUAGCUAAGUUCCAUCUCUGUGUUUGUCAAUGUAGCUAGCUAGUAGCUAGCAGGCACAUUUAGCAGGCAGGCCACAUUGGCUCAAUCAGCUUAACAGGUCACUGGCGAGUGGCAAAGUACUUUGGUGCCACUUAGUUUUUACAACUUGCUCACUACGUAUUACCGGAGUAAGUCCGUCUGGCAGUGUUUCAUAGCGAAUCAUGUCACGAAACAGUUCACGGCGUUACACGAUGCUAGAGAAAUGGGUUUUGAAUUUUUUUAAGAUUAUCAAGUGACAGUUGGGAUGGAAGUGCACAUCGUCUCAAUUCUCAUUUUUCCCAAGUUUAAUUAAAAUAAUACAUUGACGAUGUGCUGUCUUAUGUAAACAAGACCGAGGCGCUGCGUAAUGUGGACAGUUCUGUUUCACUGGCUGUAGGUUUUGCCAUAUGAUUGAAUAGAGCGUAACCAGCACAGCUGAUUGAUAGUUUGGGUUAGUGUUCCCACUCAGCCAUAUCUCCAUGUUACAGCACUUGUUUAUGGAAAAACAGACAGAAGACGAGGCGAUGACCUGUGCUAAUUAGCAUGCUUUGAACAACUGUGCUAAUUAGCUAUCUAGCAUGCUUUGAACACCUGUGCUAAUUAGCUAUCUAGCAUGCUUUGAACACCUGUGCUAAUUAGCUAUCUAGCAUGCUUUGAACACCUGUGUGUAAGCUUAACUCAGGAAAUGGAGCUAAGAACAUAACAGCUUCCCUAUAUCUCUCAAAUAUCCAUUUUACUGACCAAAAUUAUGCUAUUUACACUCAGUAGUACAUCUUUACACUAUAAUCAAUGUUUCUGAGUAAUAUCGAUGUAACAGGCCAUUUUCAACCAGAUAAGUUACUUGAGUUCAGCUGCCCUUUAAUAUGUUGAGUAAAUUUGGAAAAUGAAAAGGUGCAUUGGGAUUCGAACUGGCGACCUUGUGUGUUUAAUCAAAAGUGCAUUUAAAGUUUGAUUUUAUUUAGUCCUCUUCAAAAAUGUAGAUUUUUUGUUGAGAUGGAGACGGGAAUACAAUUUAUUAAUUUGUAGACAACCUGGAAUUAAAGCCAGACUAAGUCAGUGGCACAGAUGGAACUAUCCAAGCAGAAGAUACAUCUCCUUCAAAUGUUGAUAAAUAGCCAAUUAACUUGUCAACAAAUGAUAUGAAUCAACAUAUCUCCAACUCAACCAAAAAUAAAUGGGAUUAAGCCAGUUGCUCAUGUGGAACUAUCAAAGCAGUAGAUACAGAUGUAGGAUCUUAAUUUGAGCCAGUUUGCUACAGCAGGAAAAUUAUAAUCCUGUAGCAACAGGAAUGGAUUUAUGUGGAUUACAAUUAAUGGAAAUGUUUGUAAGGGUUUAUACAUUUUCCUAAGAGAAAAUCAAAGCCUAGAUUCAAAAAUAAAUCAGAUCAAGCGUUAACUGACGAUAGCAGACACCCGCAUAGCAGAUGCUUUGGUGGUGGAAAUGCAUUGGCGCUGUCAAAUCGGUGAGCAGCUGUUCUUGCAAUCAUUGUGACAAGAAUCGACGAGUUGUGCGUUCCGUGGUGCCGUUCUGCGCCACUUUUUGCAGCUUCGCCUGUUAGCUUGCACGAUUCUCGCCAUUCUCCUUCGACCUCUCAUCAAUGAGCUGUUUUCGCCCAAAGGACUGCAGCUGACUGGAUGUUUUGUUUGUCGCACCAUUCUCGGUAAACCCUAAACACUCUCGUGCGUGGAAAAGCCCAGGAGACUGACAUUUUCUGAGAUACUGGAACCAGUGCGCCUGGCACCGUCGAUCAUACCACGCUCAAAGUCGCUUAGGUCACUCAUUUUGCCCAUUCUAAUGUUAAAUCUAACAGUUACUGAAUGCCUGUCUGCCUGCCUUAUAUAGCAAGCCAUGGCCACGUGACUCACUGACUGUGGGAGCUAACCAUUUUCGUGAACGGAGUGGCGCACCUAAUUAAACUGUCCACUGAGUGUAUUUAUCCUGUCUUGAAUGAAAAGGUCAUUUUGCAAUCUCCCAAAAUAAAUGCAAUCUCUGACAAGAGACAGGCAUUACAAACACUACACUUGUCCAUUCAGUAGCGGGGCAAGACUCUGAAGAUUACAUACUGCGCAAUGCUCUAGAAAGUGGCCCGAGGUCCCGACUUGGCUGACCAUUCAAAACAUGUUUCCCAAUUUGAAAUGUCUAAAUGGAAAUUACAAACUUCAGAAGCCUUUUUAAAUCUCAAAUACACUACAAGUUUUGAAUGUCCUGCAACAAGGUGAUCAAAUUAAGAUCCAACAUCUGUAAAUCAUCACAGGUCUGUUGAGAGCUUCACAAUUGUGGUAAUAAUCUGUGCAGAAUCUCAAAUGGCAUUGAUCACUUGCACCAUGUACUUUUAAUGUAAUCUCAACUGCAAUUUAAUUUGGUUCUGCUAUUAAAUGAAGCACAGUGAAUUCACAUUAAUAUGCUGUAUAAAUAAACAAAAUAUCACAUUGUA